AAAGAUCUUCUUAAACAUGCAUAUGGCAGACGAUAGCGGAUCUAGCACUGAUAACCCAUCUCAGCCGAGAGAUGCCUCUGAGCAGGAGAGACAGUUGCAAGAGGAGGCAGCACGCAUACAGAGGGGCCUUUGUGUCAUGCAAGAGGUCGUGAAAGCUCGAACAGAAGGAAAGAAAUUUGCCGUACAGUGGAAUAAGAAAGGACAAGCUGUACGGUCAAAUAAAUUUAUCAGCUAUAUUGGGGCAGUGGCACGAAGCACCGUGCCCAUUACAGCGCAGCACUGGAGGAGGGUUGAUCGUUCAGUGCGAGACACUAUUUGGACAGAUGUAUCGAUGAGAGCAGGAAGAGGUUUGUGGAGGGGAAGGCUGGGAGGGCAUUGCGCUCUUUCCGAUAUUUUGUCACACACAAGUACUUGA